GUUCUCUACGAGAAGACGCGGAUGGCGGUUCGGUGGAGGAAAGACUCGCGAAAAAAUAGCAAAUGGAUCAUGAACGACCCUUCCUUUUAUCACGUAUCUCCAUAUUCCGUUUGCUCUCGAACAUCAAUGAACGAUCGAUCGACCAUAGGCCGUAUUUAUUCGCGAUAGAAAACUCGUUACGCGAUCUAAUUCUCGUCGGUUGAUUUAUUUCAAGAUGGCGACAACUUAAGCCAAAACGAAGGAGGCGUUGCUUCGCAGUCGAUAUUCUUUAUCAUUAAGAGUCUGCUGAGAGUCCUUUCCGAUGAUACGGCAAGGCAUUUUAUAGUCGAAGUGAAAGGCGACGGUGAAAGGCAGAGAGAGAUAGAUAGAGAGAGAGAGAGAGAGAGAGAGAGAAAGAGAGAAGAUAGAACGACUGAGAAUGGCCAAGGCGAAUGACUGACUCUCUUUGUAUAUCGGUUGACUCCGAAGAAAAAGCAACGGAGACACAAUACGGCGCGGGAGAAAGAGAGAGAGAGAAAGAGAGAGACAAAAGGUGUGCCGGUAGGGCGGCGGUUUGUGCGCGCGCAUACGGUCAAACGGCUACCGCGAGAGAUUGUGUUCGUGUUGUGUGUACGUAUCAUAAGAACGGUGUGCGCGGUGUCGCGUGGCUCAGACCAACUUGGACCGUACAUUUGAGCGGGACUUGCUGUUCGACCACGUACUUACGACUUACCUGCGUACACAUACGAUCGCGUUUUCCUGCCAGCUGGAGAGUAAUUGGCCUAUCUAAAAUCAGGAAUUAAAGGAUUACUCUCUGCUUACUCUAACGUAUAAUAAAUUGCCCAGUGGCUAUCACCCGGCUUUUCAUUCGAUCAAAUUCGUUCGAUUACGUUUGAUUCGUCGGAAUAAAAGGGGAAGAAGGAAAGAUAGGAGAAACAAAACAGAGAGGAAAAAAUAAAAGAAACACGACGACAUGUGCGGAAUAUUCGCUUACCUUAAUUAUCUAACGCCGAAAAGUAGAAAGGAGAUUUUGGAGCUUCUCGUUGGUGGCUUGAAAAGAUUGGAAUACCGUGGAUAUGACUCUGCAGGCGUUGCCCUUGAUACAGCCGGAGGGAAAGAUAUUUCAAUCAUCAAAAAAACUGGAAAGGUCAAGGCACUGGAAGAGGAAAUCUUUCACCGUACCGAUGUUGAUUUUGAAUCUAAAACCGAUAGUCACGUUGGAAUUGCCCACACGCGUUGGGCUACUCACGGUGUACCAUCCGAAGUGAAUUCGCAUCCUCAACGAUCCGAUUUCGAGCAUAGCUUCGUCGUUGUUCACAAUGGUAUCGUGACGAAUUACAAAGAAGUAAAGACCUUGUUAGAGCAAAGGGGAUACGUUUUCGAGAGCGAGACCGAUACCGAAGUGAUCGCCAAAUUAAUUCAUCAUCUUUGGAUCAUUCAUCCGGGAUACUCUUUCCGUGAACUUGUAGAGCAAGUUGUACAACAAAUAGAAGGGGCAUUCGCAUUGUGUUUCAAGAGCAAACAUUUCCCAGGCGAGUGCGUAGCUACGAGAAGAGGCUCACCUCUUCUCGUUGGUAUCAAAACGAAAACAAGAUUGGCUACCGAUCACGUGCCCAUUUUAUAUGGCAAAGAUGACCCACAACUCGCGAGCAAAGAAGGUGACACGUCGUCUCAAGAUCAUCGUCCUCAUGGCCGUAAUGCCGAGCUUCCUGUGAUACCUCGAAGCGAGAGUACGUCCGAGUUUCAGCCUUUGGAAGACAAGGAGGUCGAAUAUUUUUUUGCAUCCGAUGCCAGUGCCGUGAUCGAGCACACCAAUCGCGUCAUCUUCCUCGAGGACGACGAUGUGGCUGCAGUGAAAGAAGGAGCUCUCAGUAUCCAUCGACUCCGUCGUUACCUGGAUGAUCCUCACGCGAGAGAGAUCACGACACUUAAAAUGGAGAUUCAACAGAUCAUGAAGGGUAACUACCAAUAUUUCAUGCAAAAGGAGAUAUUCGAACAGCCAGAAUCCGUGGUGAACACGAUGAGAGGUCGUUUGAAUUUCCAAGACAACUCUGUAACGCUAGGUGGCAUCAAGGACUACAUUCCCGAGAUAAAGAGAUGCAGACGAUUGAUGCUUAUCGGUUGUGGCACGAGUUAUCAUUCAGCCAUUGCUACGAGACAACUACUCGAAGAAUUAACCGAACUUCCUGUAAUGGUCGAAUUGGCCUCAGACUUUUUGGAUAGAAACACUCCAGUUUUUCGGGAUGACGUGUGCUUUUUUAUCUCUCAAUCGGGAGAAACCGCUGACACUUUGAUGGCAUUAAGAUAUUGCAAAGGUCGAGGAGCUUUGAUCGUCGGUAUCACGAAUACCGUUGGCAGUAGUAUUUGUCGAGAAUCGCAUUGCGGUGUACACAUUAAUGCUGGCCCUGAGAUCGGCGUGGCCAGUACAAAAGCAUACACUUCUCAGUUUAUUUCGUUGGUAAUGUUCGCAUUGGUCAUGAGCGAGGAUAGAAUUUCUCUCGGUGCGAGACGUCAGCAGAUUAUAGAGGGAUUGAAAAAUUUGGACAAGCUGAUUCGGGAGGUUUUGAAAUUGGACGACGAGGUGAAGGAGUUGGCAAAGUCCUUGUUCCAACAUAAGUCUCUCUUGAUCAUGGGUAGAGGAUACAACUUUGCAACGUGUAUGGAAGGUGCCUUGAAAGUGAAGGAAUUGACCUACAUGCACAGCGAAGGCAUCAUGGCGGGUGAAUUGAAGCACGGACCUUUGGCUCUGGUCGACGACUCGAUGCCCGUGAUCAUGAUCGUUAUGAGAGAUCCUGUAUACGUGAAAUGCAUGAACGCGCUACAACAAGUAACGGCGCGCGAAGGCAAACCCAUCGUCAUCUGCGAGGAAGGCGACAAGGAAACGAAAUCCUUUGCGUAUAAGGCACUCGAAAUACCAAAAACCGUCGAUUGCCUACAGGGUAUCCUUACUGUCAUUCCUAUGCAACUGUUGUCUUUCCACAUCGCCGUUCUACGUGGCUGCAACGUCGAUUGUCCACGUAAUUUGGCAAAAUCCGUUACCGUCGAGUAAAAGAUCGUUAAAUCCUUCGACGAGAGAGAGGGGGGGGGGCGGGAGAGAGAGAGAGAGAGAGAGAAGAGAUCGUGCGAGGAACUUGACUUUUUUAAUCUUUCAAGAGCACAGAGUAUAUAUCAUCGGCGAUAACGAUCAUUCCGAUCGUUUGUUCGUAUUAUAAGACUCGUUGUACGAUUAUAAAAUAGGACCAUGUCGUCGUUUAUAAGGACAACAAGUUUUUCAUGAUUCUUUUCCUCUCAAGGACCAACAGGGCUGUGCAUUUAAUCGACGCGUCGAGUUCGAAAGUAAUUUUUCAAAUAAUGGCGAAUCGAACGGAUAUCGUACGAUUCGCGUAUAAUGCAAUAUGAGAAUAUAAUAAGUACGCAAUACUUUCGAGCGUCCGACGAUACGACCAGGAUUUUGAAUAUUUCGUAAUAAGUACGCGGACGAACCAUAGCUGUGGGAUCGCAUAAGUUUCUAGAGAAAGAUAAACAUUCUUUUACAUUUCCAUUCGUACGAAGGAAUAAUUUCAAAGGCAUUUACGGAAAUAAGAAGACUGUAAUACCCAUAAAUCGUUAUUCUUCGUUUCGUACGACAAUGUGAUAUUAUCGAUUAGAACGUGUUUCAUGAGACUGCGAAAACGAUUUUUACACUCAAGGCGGAUAGGUACGAAAUCCUUGUAAACCUUGUCUUUUUAUGUCGUAUUGAAAAUGAUUUUGCGUAGGAGCGCAAUAGUUUACUCGAAGUCUUAGCCAAAUCGUCCGUACGAUUAGAAUCGGUCAUUGAAAUAUCGCGUGUCAUCCCAAUUAAUCGAAACUUUGAUGAACGCUAACUCAUCGCGUUUGAGUGGGCAAAUUAGAGUAAGAGUUUUUAAGUAAUUAUAUAGAUAAGUCAUUAAUAAACACGAGCGUAGACGUAGAACGUCAUUUUAUACCGAAAACAAAUUUUCACGAAUAUAAGACGGAUAGCUCUUGUCGAUUUUAAUCCCCUAGUAAAAAAUAAUCACGGACCACUGCGAUCGACGACUUUGACUACUUUGUACGUAGACAAAAAUUUAACGCUGUACGAGUUUAUUCUAUUUUAAGCGACUCUCCCGUUCGUCAAGACAGAAUAUAUUAUUCCGAAAUAUAUUUUCGAGAAAUCUCUCGUACCAGAAAAUAUGAUUUUUAGAAAGAGAGAUAUCCAUAUGUGCACGAUCGAUAUUACCAUUACACGCAUAAACAUAUUUUAUCUCUGUUAUUCAAUGUACUUGCGGAGUUUGUAAUCACCCACCUUUGAUUUAAAAUCAUUAGAAUCGUUCAAACUUGCGAAUAAAAACUUGCAUGCUAUGAGAAACUAAAAAGAAACACGCGUUUGUCGAUAUUUCGCGAAAGGGAAGCUUGUUACUUCAAAUGCGAGCCGUAUGAUCACGAUGAGAGAGAGAGAGAGAGAGAGAGAAUGGGAGGGAGGGAUGUAUAGGUGGUCAAUAAAAAUUAUUAUGGUCAUAAAGUUAA